AACGGAAGCACUGCACGGAGAGAUCGAAGGAGGAUUUAGAUAGCAAUCUUUUUUGUAAAUUUUCCUAUUGGCGGGACAAUAAUUUUUACAUAUCGGAUAUGCUGUUUUGUUGACGAAGAUACUCCUAAUUCAUUUUUAUAACUGAUAGACAUGACAGCAAGAUGCCAGUGACAAAAUUCCACCCUUACCAUGGACAAAACAUUCGUCUUCUCCAUGACAACAUGGUGGCCUAUAGAGAGACCAGUUUUGCACAUGCCCUGACCUUCAGUGAGAAAGCUCUAAAGCCUGGAGAAAUAUUUCUUGUUGAAAUAGAAAAAAAUGAGUUAGGAUGGAGCGGACAUAUGAGGAUAGGUCUAACACAAUUUGACCCUAGUUGCAAAUUUGAACUACCACAAUAUGCACUACCAGAUCUUCAAAAUAUGGGAAAAUCAUGGAUUUUUGCCGUAACAAAGUCACAUAAUAAAGUGGUUUACUCCGAGGCUGGAGACUCUGACAGUUUGGAUAGGGAGAUUCACCAGUCGGUGUUGGGGGAUGCUGAGGUGAUACACACACCCCAAGGCUCCUUCAGUAGGAGUCUACUACUCCCUCUCCGUAAACUUCUUUCUAAUAAUUACGACACUUCCGUUAGUACAUCUUCCUCAGAAAGUGCUCUUCCAACAGACAUUGGUAGUAGGAUUGGAAUCAUGUAUCGUGUGGUGGGAGAGACUGCAGAAAUGAGGUUUAUCAUUAAUGGUGAAGAUCAGGGACCAUGUGCGAGAAAUAUUCCCCACCAGGGGGGACCACUUUAUGCAGUAGUAGACGUCUAUGGUACCACAAAACAAGUGAGGAUAAUACAGCUGUAUUGUGUGUCCUCACUUCAAAAUGCGUGCAGAGACCGAAUUCUCCAGUUGACUAAGGAAGAAGACGUUACAAAUCUACCAUUGCCAAUGAAACUGAAACAAUUUCUGCGAUAUGAACUAUAGCACUACAUUUGUACCUUAUACUACAUCUGUCUGUAACAGAUUGUUGUGUGAUAUUAUAAAUUAUAUUUAUGUACAUGUACAGCAUUGCGAUAAGUUGCCUUGAAUUUCGAUAGUCCUAGGUACGGUAUUAAUUAUCAGAGAAAAAUAUCUUAAUGACCUUCU